AUGACUUUCACUGAGUCAUCGCUUGCAAUGGAGUGCGCACGUAACCCACGACGGAAGAUCAAGUCCAGCCUGCCCAGCAUAGGAGAGACCGAUGUUCGCUUGUACAAGGCUGUCUGGACUGCUCUUUGCAACUGGAUAAUCGAGACGAUGGAACAAGGCCGGGGGAUAAACAUCCAGCAGCUGAUGCGACUUUCUUGGGCUCCAGAGAGCGGCAACAGUGACGUCAUCCUCCGCCCUGUUUUUCGAAGUUCUCCAAGCUUUGAACGAACUUGCAUGGCACGACCUGCGAGAGAGUCUCAGAAUCAUGCAGAGGAAGACUCGAUGUUGGAGAGGUGCGAAGACAUCAACUUCCACAAGAUAGCAAUACGGUACACGAGCACGUUGACCAAAGACGUGGUGUACUCUUGUUUGAGGGAGCUCUUCUACGGCCUGGAACGAGCUGUGCAGGUGAAUUUCACUCUUGACGGGAUCGAAAAGCUGCUCGGGCUCAGACUCUGGUUGCAGCUCGGAGAGGAUUUGAAAGUGCACUGUGGGGUUGGAUAUUUGAUUUGCAAGUCGGGCCCAGAAGGAAGAAAAUUGUCCUUCGACUUCUUGUCCAAGUACAACAAGUUCCGACCUCCUCCACAUGUCUCGCACAAGAAAACUUCGCUUCUCCGACUGCUCAAAGCAAAGGUGAAUGACAUGCAUCGUAUGGGCGAUCCAGCGGCAGACGGGAAGAUGAUGGAAAUGAGCAUCUUGGCGAACAGGGCGACGGUGGGGCUGGAAGAAAAGAAAGUUGUCAAAGAUCGCCUUGACUCUCUCGGGCUUAACGACCCAGCUGAAGCUGACGAGAAGCGGCGGACUGGUCCAGUAGACGCCCAGCUAGGAGUCAGCCCGGGCUCUACCAGAGACUUGAAGGGACGGGGGGGUCAGUACCUCGACAUGUCAGCGACCAAGAGCAGCGACGAGUUUAUCGACCACAACCAGUUCGUGUGGUCGAGGAAGGAGUUCAGGUGGGUGCGUAAGGAGAAGUUCAAGCACAGGGAAGAGGAUCGGGUGAAGGUAAAACGAGAGCUGACGAAAGAGCUGCUGGAUAUCAUGGAGCAGCGACGCCUUGAGAGAAAGAAGGAGAAGCAGGCUCGCCUCAAAAUCCCCACGGCGACUCCCUUCUUCUGCAAGAUCGGGGCCAACGAGAAAGACAAGGAAGUUAUCGUCAAGGUUCGGAGAGAAAAGCAGAAGCUGCUCAAGUCUGGCCUAGAGGAGCAGAUAGCGUACAAGAUGUCGCUGAAGAAGGCGCAAGAGAACACCAUGAGGACAAGUAGAAGUCCAAACAUUGAGAUCGGACUGAUGGCAGAGACUCUUUCCCCUCCUUCGGCUCGCCCUCACUGGACUUCUGAGACAAGAAUCCCCUAG